GAUGCAUAUGAAAGCACCAGAAAGGAAACAGGUAACAUAUACUCUGGUUCUGAAUAAAAUAGUGAAGUACUUUUCUUUUGGGAAUGUGCUGGGCUUCUGUCUGUGACUUGGCACUGCUACUCAGUUGUAAGAAUUUGGGGUGAAUGGAAGCACUGGAUUCUGUCCUGAAUUCACAGAAAGAACUAUAGUAUCUCCAGCACUGUCUUUGUCCUAUUACAAUAAGGCUCUAUGAAAACAGGCAAGCCUGCUCGUUUAAAAUGGAACUGUUUACUUUUAUUACUACUUAUGUAUGCUGAUCUCUUGCCAGUCAUCUGCUGGAGUGCUUGGAAUAAUUUGAAACAAUAGGCAAUAUUUAUUUCUAGCUUUGUGUGUCAUGCUUUGCAGCGGCACUUUUAAUUUGCACAUUAUUAUUUGUUGAAACUUCUGGGAAGCUUUACCAGGGACUGAACCAAACUAGUUAUGGAUUAGAAUGGAUUUAAUGUAUGUCUUUGAUUGGCUAAAAACUCUGAGGAAACCCACAGUGUUUGUCUUGGCCGUAGCAUUGAGGGGUAUAUUUAGCACUCAGCUUACCCCCACAGCACAACAAACAAUGUGAUGUGGAUAUGCGGUCAGUAGAUCAAACUGGAGGAUGCUCAGGCAGGGCACUGCUUUCUUCUGCAAUCUGCAAGACCCCAAAACAUUUGCAGAAGAUCGUAAGGAAUCUUUCAAUCCCCUGAAAUCAUUGUUUUCCAGGAUAACAUUUCACUUUAAAAGGAGCAUCUCUGCAAGAGACAUGAACAUAACUGUUUUUUAUGUGUGUAGAACAAAAGAAGAGUAUGACUGUGAACUGAAUGAUAAUGUAUCAGAGUACAGUAUAACUGGAAUUCAUUGUAAUGGAUAAAACCUCAUAAGAACUUAAUUAAAGAAGACAGAACCAUGUAUCUACUGAGAUUCAGCUAUGGAAGAGAGUCUGUGAUGGAUUACAACUUCAGCAAACUCUAACUCAAAAAGAACAAUGACAACCAAGAGAUUUAAACCAGAUUUUUCAAUGUACUUCAAAGGAGCUGGAUCUUGUUGUUUGGAGGUUUUUUAAUACUUUAACUCCCUCUGCUGUUAUUACUGAGAAGUUCUUCAACAAUGGGAAAUCAUGUACUGGCAGCUUCCAUUUCCAUGUUAUCCCUUCUGGCAAUAAUGGGAGAUACAGACAGUAAAACAGACAGUUCAUUCAUGAUUGACUCUGACCCAGGUCGCUGUAUGAGGCACCAUUAUGUCGAUUCGAUCAGUCAUCCAUUGUACAAGUGCAGCUCUAAGAUGGUGCUCCUGGCUCGCUGCGAGGGUCGUUGCAGUCAGACUUCACGCUCUGAGCCAAUGGUCUCCUUCAGCACAGUCUUGAAGCAGCCUUUCCGUUCUACUUGUCACUGCUGCCGGCCCCAGACCUCCAAGCUGAAGGCAAUGCGAUUACGCUGCUCUGGUGGCAUGCGGCUUACCGCCACCUACCGCUACAUCCUCUCCUGCCACUGUGAAGAGUGCAACUCCUAGGGAUGCACCCACUGCAGCAGGGAGAAGGGGACACUGAUGUGUGGAAAGACAACCUUCACUAAGGUGUUCUUACGAGGACACUAUUUCAGUGUUAUAACUUCCAGGGCUAAUCAAGCUAGAAUGGUUUGGGAAACAAAUAAAUUCUCCUACUUGUCUGUGCUGGAACCCCAAGGAUUUAUUUUCAGGAGCCUUUCUUUUUCCUGGGAGGAUAUUUUAGGGGCAUUUUUUCAGACUUCACCUUUCUUUUGCUCUAAGCACAGAGACCUGAUUCUAAUUUUCUGCCAGUGAACAAUAAGGACAAAGAAAGAGAGCAGUGGGUGUCAGUAUGAUGGAGACACUGUUCUAGAAGAGCCCAGGAGGAGUAUGGACCUCAAUUACUAUGCACACAUCCUUAUUCUAUCAUUUUAUUCUCCAUCUCUUACUUACAUUUCUCUUCAAAAUAAACUGUGCUGUUGAUAAAGCCUAUACAUUACUGAUCCAGCAAACAAGUGCUGGAUAACAUUGAUGAUGGUUUAGCUGAAGUUACAAUAAAUAAUUGAAAAGUGAACUUGAUAUCUAAUGUAGCAUUGGGAUUUUCCUGCCCUAGGCAGUUGAAAUGAGUAUUGCAUCAAAACUCAAUGGUUGAAUGACUCUAACAGAGUAAAAGGUCAUGUAGUUCAUCCCUCUUUUCAGCUAGCAUUGUAGGGUUUAUUGUUACUCAAAGUGUGAAUGUCACAACAGCCACUAUAUAAGUACUGGAAACAAAUCACAGGUUUAAAAUUAAAAUUCAAUACUUUUGAACUGAGUCUUUUCUUAGUCAUGGUUGGCCUUAUGUUACAUAGAGCCCAGAGCUGUCAGGAUAACAACAAUCAUACAUAGUACUGACUUUCAUUCCUAGAUCUCAGAAUAUCACCAGCAUGAGUAAUGUAUCACUAAUCCCUCUUUUAAAAAUAGGGAAUCUGAGUUACAGGGAAAUUAACUGACCUGUCCUCAGUCUCACUAAAUCAAUGUUGUGCAUGCUACCUAGAGGACUGCUUCUCUCCAGUAAGAAGAUUGGGUCAAAAAUAGUCUUUCCUUCUAGGACCAUUGCUGUAGAAGGACAUAGGGCUAGCUUAUGAGUGACUGCAUGUGACAAUAGAGUUUAAAAAACCAGAGACUCCAAACUACAUAUUGCUUUAUUUAUGCUUAGAGCCUGGCCCUGCUCUGAAACACACAGCUUUUGGAUGGUCCGGUUGAACAACCAAUAGUCAAAGCUGCCUAUGACCUGGAAGCUGUAUUAGCUGAUAUGAGCAUUAAUGCCUCUUACGGAUGAUCUAAUCAAUAAAGGAGUCACCCUGCUAUAGAAUACUUUUCAAAGCCGUUCCAUAUAGGAAAGUAAUGGAGUCAAAGGAGAAAUAGAGGGCUCACAGGAGCAUCUCUCAGGGCACUGAAUGCCAGGUUCAGUCCAGGUUGAGGCUCUCCCCUCUAACCACGUGGAAUAUUGUUUAAGUUCAAUAGUUACUUCAAUAGUAUGCUGGAGUAAGUCUCCUGAACAGUGAUGAACAGGAGAGGCAGUGGAGGAACAGGGGAGUGGGUAGACAAGCCCAACAUUCAUCUCAGCUACUGAGUGGUAUCUAACGUAUCUUGGAAAAUUGUCAUAUGUAGGGACUAGGAUUUUGAUAGUGAGCUCAUACAGUUUCCAUUGAGCAUGCUCAAGGAGUACCCAGGUUCUAUUUAUCUGAUGUACAGGAGUAGAUAAAGCAGCCUAAAACUUGGGAGGGAAGAAUUAUGUUGUAUAUAGACAUUACUAUAGGCAGCUAGGCAGAGUCAAAAUCCUUUGUCAGAGUCAAAAUCCUUUGUCACUUCCUCCCCCUGAGUAAUAUGGGGAAUGAAAACAAGAAGGAAACAUAGACAGUGCUCCUCAGCUGAAUUCUGGAGCCGGAUGUCACUUAGUCGAAUAAAAAAACUAACUGGGUCAAAUGCACGUAUAAACCCUGGUUGGUGAGGGGCCCAACUGACUGAAAGGAAUAGCUUCUGUCAGCAGGAUAAUGUCUUACCAUUGUUGGCCAGUUCUAAAUGAGAAAACUUCUGUGGACAAACAAGAAAGAGUGAAUCAAAUUGUUAUAAGGUAUAGAGCUCAUAUUAAAAUGCCAGUGCCAUGACUGAACAACUACAAUGAGAUCAUUGGACAUCAUUCAUUGUUUCAUUCUGACUGUCAUGCAUUUCAUGUCUGGUGAAUGGUUUGAGCAUGAGAGAGAGAGAAAUGAGAGUAUACUGAGCAUUAUCACUUCAUUAAUUUAUACCAAAGAACAUUUGUCUGUGCCUUUUUUAUUAAGGUUCGAGUUGAUAUUCUAGAGGUCUCUUUUAUCUAAAAGAAGAUCAUGUCCUCUAUUGAUUAUACAGACAAUUCUCUUAACUAUUUAAACAUUAAUCAUCGGAAGUAUAAGGGUUGCCCGUAAAAACUUUCUGGUGUUACUUUCAAUAAAUUAAUAUCAUCGUGUCAA